GCCGGCUGCCAGAGACGCGCGUGUGCCAGGGGCCACCAGGGCCUGCCGUCAGGAUGGGGCCCCUUGCCUCCCCAGUGCUCCGCAUGAUGGUGGGGACCCUCAGCCUCUUGGCCUGGGUAGAAUCCUGCUCUCCCGCCCCAUCCCAGGAAACAGCCUCCAUUUUCUCCGACUUGACUCCGGCGGAGCAUCAGGCGGUCCGGGACUUCCUCCUCGGCCGCCCGGAACUGGGGCUCCGGCCCAGCCGGGGAGAACUGGGCUUAGCUGAGAACAGCCUCCUGCUGGUGGAGCUUCUGUCCCCCAAGAAGAGCCAGGCUUUGGGCUACCUGGACUCGGGGGGCUCCCGCCCUCGGCGCCGAGCCCGGGCGGUGGUGCUCUUCGGUGCCGGGGCCCAGCCCAACGUCACGGAGUACGUGGUGGGGCUGCUGCCCAGGCCAGACUUCUACCGGCCUUAUGGGCGGCCCGUGCCCUACACCGCCAGGCCCAUGACCCAGGCGGAGUACCGCGCGCUCUACCGCAAACUGGAGGAGUUUCUGCUCCCCCUGCGGGCGUUUCUGCAGGACGUGGCGGGCUUCGGCCUGGGGGAGUGCAAAGACCGUUGCCUGACCUUCACCGACAUCGCGCCCCGCGGCCUGGCCUCCGGAGAGCGGAGAACGUGGGUCAUGCUGCAGCGCUUCGUGGAGGGCUACUUCCUGCACCCGGUGGGCCUGGAAAUCCUCGUCGACCACCGGGAGCUCGACCCGAGCCUCUGGACAGUGCAGAAGGUGUGGUACAACGGCCGGUACUUCAGCAGUCCCGAGGAGCUGGCCGAGGGCUACGCGCAGGGGACGGUGGCCACCGUCCCGCUGCCCCCGCACCCGGAGGAGAGCCUCUACUCCACUUUUAUGCCCCGCGGCCAGUUCACCACCGGUCCCCCGACGGACGCGCACGGGGCCAAAGUGUGCGAAACCCAGGGCCACCGCUACACCGUGCGCGGCAACCUGGUGGAAUACAGCGGCUGGAGCCUAGCUUUCCGGCUGCGCACCUCCACGGGCUUGCAGCUCUUCGAUGUGCGCUUCAACGGCGAGCGCAUUGCUUACGAGGUGAGCGUGCAAGAGGCCGUGGCCUUCUAUGGGGGGAACACCCCUGCAGCCAUGCAGACCAAGUACAUCGACGUCGGGUGGGGAAUGGGCUCCGUCACGCACGAACUGGCCCCUGGAGUCGACUGCCCAGAGGUGGCCACCUUCCUGGACGUCUAUCACCAGUACGACGCCCCCGGCCCGGUCCGCUACCGCCGCGCCAUCUGCAUCUUCGAGAUGCCCACGGGAGUGCCCAUCAGGCGCCACUUCAACAGCAACUUCCAAGGUGGUUACAACUUCUACGCGGGCCUGGAAGGGCAUGCGCUCGUCCUGCGCACCACCUCCACCGUGUAUAACUACGACUACAUCUGGGACUUCCUUCUCUACCCAAAUGGGGUGCUGGAGACCAAAGUCCAUGCCACCGGCUACGUCCAUGCCACCUUCUACACGCCCGGCGGGAGGCGAUACGGCAGCCGUAUCCAGGCCCAUGUGCUGGGCAAUGUCCACACUCAUCUGGUGCAUUACAAGAUCGACCUGGAUGUGGCAGGCGCUGGGAACAGUUUCGAGACGCUGGAAAUGGCCCUGGAGAACAUCUCGCUCCCCUGGGACCCGCGCCACCGGCUGGUGCAGCCACACGUGGAGCACCGGCAGCGCCCGCGGGAGCGCCAAGCCGCCUUCCCUUUCGGCAAGCCUCUCCCUCGCUACCUCAUGGUCUACAACCCCCGCCAGCAGAACCGUUGGGGGCACCCGCGCAGCUACCGCAUCCAGCUGGUCUCCCACGCCAACCGGGUGCUGCCACCCAACUGGAAGGAGGAGGCCGGCAUCUCCUGGAGCAGGUACCAAGUAGCCGUGACACGGCGGCGCGACUCCGAGGACACCAGCAGCAGCCUCUACAUCCAGAACGAUCCGUGGCAGCCGAGCGUCUCCUUUGAAAACUUCCUUCGAAACGACGAGCCGCUGGAUGACCAGGACCUGGUGGCCUGGGUGACGGUGGGCUUCCUCCACAUCCCCCACGCCGAGGACGUCCCCAACACGGCCACGCCAGGCAACGUCGUGGGCUUCUUCCUGCGCCCCUUCAACUUCUUCGAUGAGGACCCGUCGGUGGCGUCCCGGCGCACCGUCGUUGCGCGGCCGGUCAAGCCCGGGAGCCCGGAGGGGGCGCUCAUCCAGCGCUGGACCGCCCCAAGCAGCCCCGGCCCCUGCGUCUCCGAGGAGCCCCUCCGCUACAACGGCACCUACCUGCCGGUGUAGCUCUGUCUGUCUCGGGGGGGGGGGGCUUGAGCCAGUGAGAUUCCGGGGGGGGGGCGCUGCUCCCCCCACCCCCACCCCCCAUCCAGGGGAGGCCCAGAGGCCGUCUGGACAUCUGCAGCCUGAAGGCCUGCCCGGAUCCGACAGGGGUGGGCCAGGAUUCGGGGCUCUGCCGUGUCUUGGUGGAAUUUCAUCCACCAAGAGAACAGAAACCAUUUCAUGACCUCUUAACUUGCCUCCCCCCCCCAAAGCAAAACGAAAUGAGCUGGCCGACUCCAGAGGGCAGCCACGUAGGACUGCGUCCAGAAGGUGGCAACCCGGGCACCUGCUGUGCCACAUCGUGUGGAGGUGCCCACAAACAGAGCGCAUUGCCAAGCUGCCUCACCCCUUUGGCCCCGAGGGGCACCCUGCCCGGACUGGUCCCUGCCCCAGGGGCGCACCCGUCCCUAGCGCGGGUGUUUCAUGGGCUCUGUACAAAAGCGCGCUGCACACCUUUCAGGCAUAAAGGUCUGCUCUUGAU